AUGUCUGGCCCUUUGGUUCAGCCAGUUCAUGGCAUCGUCAAGGAGGAGCCCUUUAGUAUAUUGCCAUAUAUUGAUGAAAAGCCAUGUUUGGAUGCGAUGAACAUGACCUCUGUUGCCAAUCGAGAGCGCUUAAAUUUUCAACCUGGAUCCAGCAGUCGAACGGCUGAAGUUGAUGAUACUGAAUAUUACACAAUCUCUGGGACAAGGCCGUAUUUUGAUGUGAUUCUUUCAAGAACACAUGUCACUCCUCCAUAUCGAUUGAACCUUCCCACUAGAAUGGUGUCAGAGCUUCCUUCUAAGUUAGUCCCUAUGGUUCUAACUUCCUGUGGCAAGACCUGGGAGACGUUUUACCAUGGACGAGGCUCAACCAAAAGAUUUGGCUGGAAAAGAUUUGUAAUUGAUAAUGAUCUGAGAAUGGGAGAUUGCUGUUUCUUUGAGCUCAUGGAGUGCAGCACGACGAAAAUCGUAUUCAAAGUUAUCAUCCUCAGAGGUACCCUGCCUUUGGGUGAAGGAGCUGGAGAUGGUGACACUCCGGAGACUGCAAUCUUCAUUGAAUAGAACAAUCCAUUAGAUUUAUCACUACCUGUGAUAGCUAUUGGAUCUUUCAACCAUUUAGAGCUCCCACGUCUAUUUACUGAUUAUCAGUUUAUCACCUUAUCUGGAUGCUAAACAUUUCAUGUAACAAAAUUUCUAGAUCCACCCGGAUGAGACC